AUGCAACGACCAACGACAUUUCCAUCGAUGGAGUUCAAUAACGAACGCGAUCCAUUCGAUGAUCAUCCGUUAUUCACACCUGAUUUAGAAUAUUUUACUCCGCCAACAAUGUUACCAUUGAUAGAUGAUAAUAGAAAUGCUUAUUGUCCACGUACAUUAACACCAUACAAUAUAGAACGACAUACAAUCUUACCAGUUUUUCCUCCAUGUUUAUCAGUGACAGAAAAUACAAUCGCAAAUGACGCUUCAUCGAUAACACAAGAACUUCAACCACCAUUACUUCUAUGUAAUGUUCCAAAACAACAACUAAGUCAACUGCAAUUAGUUCGUCGUACAUCGAAUAUAUAUCUUUCAUCAUAUGAAUUUUUUGAAAAAAAUCUUGAAAUGAUCGAUUCUAUGAACGAUUCUUUUCUAGUUGCUAUCUAUCGACAAUUAUUAUAUGAUUUAUCAAUAAAAUGGCAGAUUAGUAUUCCAUUGUUAGAUUAUAAUCUUGCACGACUUAAUAAAUGUACAAGAAAAUGUCUCGAACAUUGGCAACAACAACAACGACAAGACCAUUUACAAUUACUUCCACGUAUACCUACAACAGCAACAUUUACAAUUGAAGAAUUACCAUCCGUUUUAGAAUUCUAUUUACAAAUCGAUGUUGAUUUAUUUUAUUUAAAAACAUGUUCUUUUCGACAAGCAGAACCUAUUGAAAAUAUGAUUUUCUGUUCCAAACCACCUGAAAUUCAUUACUGUUUAACAGCAUGUAAUAAAUUUAAUUGUUCUUGUUGUCAUCCAUUGCAUGCUCGUAUAUAUCCUGGACAGAGCGAAGCCAUUCAAUUCAAUAUAAAACAAAAGUAUCAAUUUGUCAAUGGUUAUCAAACGAUUUUGAAUUGUCCUGCAACUUGUGAAACGUCAAAUAUUAUCUAUGUAUUAACUUGUCCUUGUCAACAAUUCGAUUAUGUUGGUGUCACAAAUAUGUCAUUUCGAGAUUGUCUAGCAAUGCAUCGUAAUGAAAGUAAUCGAAUUCUACGAGAAUUUAUUCUUGGACCCACAACAACGAGUCGUAUUCUUCAAGGCAUUAAAUCAGAAAAAGCAAGACGAAACGAUGGAAUGCGAUUAUAUCAACAUACAAGCCGAUGUCCACAAGCGAUACAACUAUUUCUUGAUGCUAAUCCUGAUUAUUGGUGUUUAGUGCCCAUGACUGAAGAAAAAAUAGAAAUAAACAAUUCUGUCACUUACAGAAGUACAUCUAUGCAGUUAACAUCAACACGUCCUGAAAAUGAUGCUAAAUAUUUAGUUGAGAAUUUACCAGUUCCACCAGAAUUAUUUCAUUUUACUGAUCGUCAACAAUAUGAACAGAUCUGUUUUUUUCAAGAAAUGAAAGAUGAACUUUUACAUCCUCGAUUAGACAAAAAUGUUGAUUUAUACAAUGCUACUAUUGUUGCUGUGUUACCAGAAAAUUGUUCAGAAAUGUUUCAACAAUUAAUUCUCUCCUUAUUUAUUACACAUGCCGAUUGUCAAUUAAAUAAGAGUGGUCGAUUGAUCACUGACAUCAAUUUUCAUCCGUAUCCUGUUCGUCGUAAUUGGUGUGCAGGCUUAUGUCGUCGUCCAUUAUUAGUCUAA